AUGCCUUUGCGCACUGCUGUGUUGGUGGUCCUACUGUGGAGUGUCCAACACGUGAGCACUGCCUGGACAUUCGACUGUCCAUCGGUCUGCCAAUGUACCUCGGAUAGUCUGUCCUGCACCAGAGAAACACAGGAGAGACUCCCGACUCCAUCAUCGCGGCCCUUGUGGGUUUUCCAACUGCCUCAAAAGGAAAUCCAAAGCGGCUCUUUCAAAAGAUUGGUCAACAUAUCAAGAAUAGAAAUAUCCCAAAGCAACUCGCUUCAAAGGAUCAGACGCCAGGCAUUCCUAUCCCUGAAGUCUGUUACAGAAAUUGCCAUACAGAAUAUCAAAAAUCUUGAGGUGAUCGAGACAGGGGCCUUUACAGACAUACCCCAGCUGCGCUAUCUGAGCAUCUGCAACACAGGAAUAACACAUUUCCCCGAUCUUUCCUUCAUUUAUUCAUUGAAGUUAACCGUUCUAGAGAUAGGGGACAAUAUCAGGCUGGAAGGCAUCCCAUCCAACGCCUUCGUGGGAAUACCACAAUAUGAGAACAUGAAUCUGGUCAGAAAUGGGUUCAAGGAAAUAGAGUCCCAUGCCUUCAACGGAACGCAAGUGAAUACACUGAAUUUAGAAGGCAAUUGGUACCUUCACACAAUCCACAGCGAUGCAUUUGAGGGCACGAUCGGUCCAGUAGCUCUUGACGUAUCCUCCACGUCCCUGAGCUCCCUACCUGCCCGCGGCCUGAGGCAGGUGCAGAAGCUGACGGCGCGCUCCACACCCACCCUGAAGACCCUGCCGCCCCUGGACAGCCUGCAGAGCCUGGUGGAGACGCACCUCACCUACCCCAGCCACUGCUGUGCCUUCCACACAUGGCAGAGACAAAACCCUGUCAACUUGACAUGGCUCUGCAACGAAGGUGUGGGAGCAGAGACGAUGGACCUUGGUACCACCAGUGGCGGAGCUAUGGCUGACUACUACCCCGACCUGGUGGACCUGUGUGGGACCAGCGCCCCAUUGAGGUGCACCCCAGAGCCAGACGACUUCAACCCGUGCGAGGACCUGCUUGGCUCGGGCUUCCUGCGCUCGGCCACCUGGGUGGUGACCACGCUGGCGGUGGCGGGAAACUCGGCCGUGCUGCUGGUGCUGCUGUCCAGCCGCCAGAAGCUGAGCAUCUCGCGCUUCCUCAUGUGCCACCUGGCGUUCGCCGACCUGUGCAUGGGCGUGUACCUGUUUCUGAUCGCCGCCAUGGACCACCGCUCGCGCCGCCAGUACUACAACCACGCCACCGACUGGCAGACGGGCGCCGGGUGCGGCGUCGCCGGCUUCCUGACCGUCUUCGCCAGCGAGCUGUCGGUGUACACGCUCACCAUGAUCACGCUGGAGCGCUGGCACACCAUUGCUCACGCCAUGGAGGCGGAGCGCCGGCUGAAGCUGCGACACGUGGCGGCCAUGAUGGCCGUGGGCUGGCUCUUCUCCCUCCUGGUGGCGCUGCUCCCCCUGCUGGGCGUGAGCAGCUACAGCAAGGUCAGCAUCUGCCUGCCCAUGGACAUCGAGACCCCCGCCGCGCAGGGCUAUGUCGUCAUGGUGCUCCUGCUCAACGUGCUGGCGUUCCUGGUGGUGUGCGUGUGCUACGUGCGCAUCUACCUCAGCGUGCGGAACCCGUCGGUGGCAAGUCGCCGCGGCGACGCCAAGAUGGCCAAGCGCAUGGCGGUGCUGAUCUUCACCGACUUCCUGUGCAUGGCGCCCAUCUCCUUCUUCGCCAUCUCGGCGGCGCUGCGCAUGCCGCUCAUCACCGUCUCGCACUCCAAGAUCCUGCUGGUGCUCUUCUACCCCAUCAACUCGCUGUGCAACCCCUUCCUCUACACCAUCUUCACCAGGGCCUUUCGACGGGACAUCUGGCAGCUGCUCGGACGAUGCGGCUGCUGCUGCCAGGACGGGGUCGGGGUCGGGGUCGGGGUCGGGGGUGGGCUCUUCCCUGCCAAGGGAUUUGGUCCACCCGGCCAACUCAAGCCGCCCAAACGUAAGGCUCCCUCUAAGAAGGCCCGCUCUUUGCAGUUUUACGCCUACCACAUCAAGAUGCAAGGGUGCCUGCUUAGCAAAGGGACAACGUGACAAACUGCUGGUGUCACACUGAUAGACAGCAGCUUCAGACCUCGUGACGUGGUCUGCUGCAUCACUACCACAAUGAGACUUUCCCACUGGGACUUACAUGCUCGUACGAAUAAGCUGACAUUUCUCUCUGACAAACGGUGCUGUAAAUACAAUGUUGUUUUUAAGAUUUUAUUUCAU